AUGAACUCCAUUAGAAGCUCACAAACUACUAAAGCCAUACAACGCAUAUCAGAGUCGGUGUUUGUGGGACUGUGUCGAGAAUUGGGGACCUCACAACUGGUGGCCAUGAGGAGAGAUUUGAUUGACUUUUGGGAGAUGGUGGAAAAUCAUGUGAUAGCAAGUGAUGAGUACUAUGGUUUGUUGAGUGGAAGUUACAGAGAAGGAUUCCGAUUGAAAAAUUCAGAUGUAGACUUUAUGUACUGGCCAAAUAAUCAUCGUGUGAUCUGUGAAUUAUCUCAGUCUCAAUAUUACAACACACACAGACAGACACUGAUCCUCUGUGACUGUUCUAAUAGUCCACCAGGAUUUACUUUGUUAUAUUUACUGUCACCAAGCAUGAACAGAAAAAUCCAGGAAGCGUGUGUUAGAAUUAAUACCAGAUAUUAUGUAUCUAGUUCUAAAUACAGACAGAUUCUUUUAUCUGCCUCACUACAUCCACAUGGACCCUGUGUCAGUGGAACAAUUGGACCAGUAGAAUUUGAUCAAGCCUCCUGUUUUGUUAGUGACUUUUGGCCUCCAUCUGCCUCCUCAUGGAUAGGCAGAUGUCACUCAUGGCCCCAGCCUCAUGUUGUUGAUGAUAUAGUGAAAAAUGGAUGUCACUUUGUAGCAAUUGGACAUAAGCUAGGAAAUCAUGAAGAUCAUGAAUGGAGAAUUUCUUUCUCCCAAGCAGAACAAAAACUUGUGUAUGUAAUGAAUCACUGUCAAUUCUUAACUUACGGCUUACUUAAAUUGAUCUUAACAGAAAUAAUUAACAAUGGAGUAGGUGAUGAUGAUAAAUUACUGUGUUCCUAUCACAUGAAGACGGCAGUUUUCUGGGUGAUUCAACAAAAUACAAUACUUCAAUGGUGUCCACAAAAUUUCCUGGGGGGUUUCUGGGUCUGUUUUAAACUCAUCCUCAAAUGGGUUUAUGAGGGGGUCUGUCCUAACUUUUUCAUUCCAGGUAACAACAUGUUUCUGAGUAAAAUUCAUGGCGUCAAACAACAUCAAUUAUUUAUUAGAUUGUCAGAGUUGUAUGAGAAGGGCUUAGCAUUCCUGCUACACAGUCCCUCCAUUAGGUCUCAUAUUAUAGAUGUCCUCCAUAACCCCCGAAACUCCAGCAGUACAGAUGAUCAUACUCUGAUUUCUGAGUUUAGGUUUGAUAUUAAUCUAUUUGGUGAAAUACUAAAUUAUAGAACAAUGCAGAAAGUGGACAUACAAAGGUGCAUUAGAUAUCUACAUACAAUAGAACAGAUGAUAGGUUCACCCCUUCUGACACAGUAUCAAGUCAUUAUGCUACAGAACAUGACCGCUAUGGUCCUUCAGUACACUGCUUUUAUAUUACACAUGGAAACUUACACAUCUGACAACAAAACGAGGUAUAGAGCUGACAAAAUGUCCUGUCACAUGCUGAAAUUAGCAGCCAAGUUUGGUUGUAUUACAGACAUGCUGUACAUAGCCAUGUAUUACUACAAGACACUUAGAUACAGGGAAACUGUAUCUAUUAUAGAGAUGAUCAAUGUCAAGUUAGCACAGUCAUAUGUGAUGUAUAACAACUUGAUUAUAGAUACAGAGAUGUAUACGGAGGCUGUAGGGGGACAGUCCUGGUCUACAAAGAUGAGACAGGCUGUAGCAUGGGAUAUCAGACUUGACAAAAGUAUCCAAUACAUCAGUGAACUGAUACCUGAACAACAGUCUGCUCAACAGAACCACUGGCCUUUUUUAUUUGUACCAUCCUUGGUACUGUUCUACAUGCUAGAGAUCUUGUGCUACAGACAUGUAGACACAAUGCGAGCACGAACAGCUCUAGAUGAUCUACAGACCCUAGUUCACUAUGAUCAGGAUCAGCUUUGUAAUAUUAUAUCAAUAGAUCUCAGAGACAUAUCGUGGCAGAUUCUGGGGAUCUGUCAACAGGUGACAGGGAACCCCCAGGCUGCUCUAUACUCAUACGAACAAUCUCUCAGACAAGCACCAUUCUACAACAUACAAACAGCUACAGAAAUGAGAAUACAGAGAGUUUGCCAAUGGAUUACCUUAAAUAAUUAA